CUACCAGACGACUGCAAAGAAUCAUCAGAUCAGGCGAGAAGGUGGCAGGUCCUGAUUGGCUGGAGACAGCUGCAUUCUGGUAGCUGAUUGGCUCUGCGGGUCGCGUCUUUGUGUCGUCACAAGCCUGGGCGUUCACAAGGAGCCGUCUGUAGAGGUCAGAGCCGCGUGUGGAACAAACUGACCAGAGGCAAACGUCGCCGUGCAGCUGCCUGUGCUGGCCUUAACAUGAGUAAGAAUGGAUUUGGUAGCUAUGGCAGCAUCUCUGCCGCGGGAGGAGCCAGUGGCGGCAAUGACCAACCGUCUCAGGGCGGCGGCACGGCUCCUGCUACUAAGCUCUUCAGAUCCAGGGCCCUAAUCCAGGAAAUUGUACCUUGUUCUGUAAACCAGCUGCUCACCUCCACUCUGGUUGAUGAUGUCUUUCAGAUUAGGGGCGUUGAGGUUUCCCAGGUCUCUAUCGUGGGGAUAAUCAGACAGGCAGAGAGGGCUCCAAACUACGUUCUUUACAAAAUCGAUGAUAUGACCACCAAGCCUAUUGAGGUGCGCCAGUGGGUCAGCAAAGAGCAAGCAAAGCAGGGGGUGACUCUGCUUCCCGUGGGGAUGUAUGUCAAAGUGUUCGGGACCCUCAAAUGUUCUGCGGGGGUGAAGUGCCUCGAGGUGUUGAACAUCCGCGUCCUGGAGAGCAUGAACGAGAUCACCGCGCAUGUUCUGGAAACGGGCCAUGCGCACAUGAUGCUGCCUAAGGCCUACCAAGCGGCCCCUGUGCAGAAUGCACCUGUUACCCCAUUGGAGAUGGAUGGGGUUCAGGAGUCCGGCGAGGACUGCCCUGACUACAUUCUGAAGGAGGUGCUGCGUUUGAUUCGUGAGUGUCCUCGAAAGGAAGGCAAGAGCCUUCAACAGCUCCAGACCGAGCUUUGCAGCCUGAGCAUCAAGACCAUCAAGCAAGCCAUUGAUUAUCUGACUAUCGAGGGCCUCGUCUACUGCACUGUGGAUGGGGAGCAUUUUAAAUCUGCUGAUUGAAGCAGCGAGAAGAGUGUUCAUGUUCUGAAGACCCUUGCCUCUAGUUGUGAGUUUGACCUGUUGACUUUUCGGAAGUAGAUUUUUUCAGCAAAAGAUCUCAACUGGCAUUCUGUGGAACAUCACUGCUUUUCCAACUGCUUUGAACUUUUUUUAAACUAUAUUUGAAGCUCAGAGGGAGAUGGCGCUGCAAAAAUUGGACGUUUUAUAGGAUUUACCAGCAAGCAAAUGAAAAUACUUCUGGAUAGGUGAAUUUGGGGGAGAAAAGGUACAAAGAAAGUUGAAAAUUAUUAUUUAGUUGAGUGGGCGCUUCUUUUUCUGAAAUAGCCAUAUAUUAGAAGAACAUAGAUGCAGUCAGGGAGCCAGCUAAGAGGCAAAAAAAAAAAAUUGUUGUUUUUACGUUAGACUUAUUUUCUGUGUUUGGGUUUAGCUUAUUAUAAUAUUAUCUCUUGCCAAAUACAGUAAUUAAUUCAAAUAUGCUAAAGAUAGCAAUUCAUGAAUUCAAAGGCUCAGUUCAAGUGUUUAUUGAGUGAUUUGCUCUUACUACCAUAGGUUUAUGUUUUUGUUAAAACAUAAGAUUAUACUAUGUUUCAAUAGCAGGGUCAUCUUUGAAUACUUUUUUCCUGAAAAUGUGACUGUUUAAUGAUUAUUUCAAAUAUGAUGUGGUGAUAUUUGGAUUAAAUUGCAAUCUGUUGUAGUUGCAUGGUGCAUGGAUGCCACACUUUCUGUAAGUUUUUUGUUCUGAUGUAUUAUCUAUAGUACUAAAUGCUAUUUUUUAGGUAUAACAGGUUUUGUUCUUAUAGAUUAGGCAAACAAAUAAAAAGUUAUUAUGAGAAUAUUAAGCCUAGCA